GAGCCGACAGCUCGUCCGUCUAUACACAGCAACAAACAAAGAGCAACAACUACAGUUUGGUCUUGAAAGUAACGCCAACAGAUUCACUUGCAAUGGGUUGAAAUCCAUGCAUUUCUACUUCACAAUCUUAUAUGAUUCUGUUUAUACACCUCCAGAGCUCAAUUUCGGAAGAACACCAGAGCGUUAAGGUUUAUCAGUACUGAAUCGCGGUGUCCUUUAAAUAAGUUGCACAUCUGUGUAGAACUUUGGGAGUUGGGACCAUGGCUUCUUUAUCAAAGGCGGACUCGAGGCGCAUGUAUUCUUGGUGGUGGAACAGCCACAUUAGCCCUAAGAAUUCAAAAUGGCUUCAAGAAAAUCUUACAGAUGUCGACAUCAAAGUGAAAGCAAUGAUAAAGCUCAUUGAAGAAGACGCGGACUCAUUUGCUAGAAGGGCAGAAAUGUACUACAAAAAGCGGCCCGAGCUUAUGAAGCUGGUGGAAGAGUUAUACAGAGCAUAUCGGGCCUUAGCAGAAAGAUAUGAUCAUGCAACGGGGGCCCUUCGUCAGGCCCACAAAACAAUGAGUGAAGCAUUUCCAAAUCAAGUACCCGCCGGUUGUGACGAUUCAACUCCUAAUUCCACAUAUGAUUCCGAUCCUCAGACCCCAGAGUCAAAAACCAUCGCAUGUCUUGACCCUAAUGACUCGCAGAAAGACAGGUCGACAGGAACCGCAAGAAAGGCCCUCAGUUUCAGUGAUUCGGAAGAUGCCAGUAAUAAACUCGGGUCCCGUAGUCGAAAUAUAUCUCAAUCGGAGGAUGUAACGGUGAACGACAAAGAAAUUGUUUUAUUAAAGGAGGCCUUAGCCAAAUUAGAAGACGAAAAAGAAGCUGGUAUGAAGCAGUACGUCGAGAGUUUGGAUAAAUUAUCGAAACUCGAGUCGGAGAUAUUAAAAUCGCAAGAAGAUUCUAAAGAACUUACGGACCGUGCAAGCAAAGCGGAGGAUGAAUCCCAAAACUUGAAGGAAAUGCUGCAAAGGUUAGAAGUGGAAAAGGAAGAAAGUCUCGAGCUUUACCGUCAGGCCGUAAAGAAAAUUGAGGAAAUCGAUGAGCCAAAUUUGAAGGAAGAAAUUAAACGGUUAAAAGAUGAAAGGGACACUGCGUAUGAUCGGUACGAACAAUCAAUGAAUAUGCAAUCAGAUUUGGAGAAGAAGUUACGAGAAGCAGAGAACGAAAUUGAAACGUUGAAGUUAGCAAUCGUUAAAUUAACGAAAGAGAAAGAAGCGAAAGAUGUUUUAUACCAACAAUGUAUGGAGACUAUAUCAAGCCUUGAACUUAGACUCGUUUGUGCGGAAGAAGAAACCGAAAGGCUGAAAGCCGAAAUCGAUAACGGACUUUCACUAUUAAAAGCUGCGGAAGAGCAACGACUAAUGUUAGAAAAGUCAAACAAGAGUCUUUACGUGGAGAUGGAGUCAAUGGGGGUCAGAAUCAGUACUCAAAAUCAAGAAAUUACAGAGAAACAAAAGGAACUUGGGAGAUUAUGGACUUGCAUACAAGAAGAACGAAUACGGUUUGUGGAAGCCGAAACCGCUUUCCAAACAUUACAGCAAAUACACGAGCAGUCUCAAGAAGAGUUAAGAUCAAUGGCGGGCGAGUUACAAAAUUGGGCUCAAGUUUUACGGGAUAUCGAAGCGCGUAACGAAGUUUUAGAGGGAGAGAUACAGAAGAAAAUUGAGGAGAACAAGAACCUUAGCGAGGUCAACUUGUCGUCUGCAGUUUCUUUGAAAGAAAUGCAGUCGGAAAUCAGUAACUUAAAGGAAGCUAACGGGAAACUCGAGGAAGAGGUUGACCUUCGAGUUGACCAAAGAAAUGCUCUUCAGCAAGAGAUAUAUUGUCUAAAAGAGGAACUAAAUGAGCUGAACAAGAAACACGGGUCGAUUAUGCAGCAAGUUGCUUAUGUCGGGUUGAAUCCGGAAAGCUUCGGUUUAUCUGUAAAGGAGUUAAAGGAUGAGAAAUCUAAUUUAAACGAAGAAUUGCAAAAAGAAAAAACCGCAAAAGCGGCUCUUUUAGAGAAACUGGAAAUCAUGGGUCAACUUCUUGAGCGAAAUGUUGUGUUGGAAAACUCGUUAUCGGAUUUGGGUGAUGAGUUGGAAGGGGUAAGGGGUAAGUUGAAAGCACUCGAAGACGCGUAUCGAUCUCUUUCAGAAGAAAAAUCGAAUCUUGCGGUUGAAAAAGCGAAUUUGUUGGGUCAGUUACAAGUAACAACUGAUAAUCUGAGUCAAGUGUCGGAGAAAAACACGGUGCUCGAGAAUUCCCUUUUUGAUGCUCAUGUCAAACUUGAAGUUUUGAAGCAAAAGUCGAAGAGUUUUGAAGAUUCGUGUCGAUUGCUUGCAGAUGAAAAGUCAGUGCUUAUAACCGAAAAGGGUACUCUAGUCUCGCAAAUGGAAAUUACCGACAAAAAGUUAAACAAUCUGGAGAGUAAAUACGCAGAUUUAGAAGAUAAAUACGCGUUCAUGGAGAAAGAGCGAGAAUCUACACUUCGAAAAGUACGCGAGCUGAAUGUAUCGCUGGCUUUACGGAACGAAGAACAUGUUACGUUUGUCGAAAUGAAUGAUAGACAAUUGCAAGCAAUGAGAAGCCAAAUUCAACUCCUGCAAGAAGAAAGUCGAAAUAAAAAUGAAGAAUACGAACACGAGCUCGAUAAAUCUUUCGGUUCUGAAAUUGAAAUCUUAAUAUUGUUAAACUGUGCUCAAGAUCUUGAAGAAAAGAACUUUUCGUUGCUUAACGAUUGUCGUAAACUCCAAGAGGCAUCGAAAUUGUCGGAAAGUCUGAUCCGUGUGCUGAAACAAGAGAAAACCGAAAACCGGUUAAAGAUUAAGUCUUUAUCUGAUCAGAACGAUAGAUUUAAGAACGGAAUGCAUCAGUUGCUGAAAGCUGCUGGUCUUUCGUUACACCCGGGAUGUGAAAACGGGCGAGAACAAACAUGUUUCGAUAAUAUCCAGCAAGAAAUCGAAGGCAAAAAGCGUGCGCUGAUUGAAAAUGAAGACGAAAAUAUGAAGUUGCUUGUUGAGACAACGAUUCUAGUCACGCUUUUGAACCAAUUCAAAACGAAGUUGGUGGAUCUCGAGGCGGAAAAGUGUGUUACCGAACACGAGUUGGGUGUUCGGGCUGAAAAGAUUCUCGGGUUGCAAAACGCGGUCUUCAAAAUUUCGGAAACAAAUGAAGAAUUACGAUCGAAAGUAAUUGACAGAGAGAUUAAUGAAUCGGGUUUAAGAACUCAGCUAGAGAAUAUACAGUGUGAGUUGUCGGUUGUUCAAGAAGCUUUCCGAAUGUUACAGAUGGAGAAUAUGGAUGUUCUUAAAGAAAAGAAACUUUUGUUGAACGAUAAUGUUCAGAUAAAGAACAAGAUUUGUGUUCUAGAAGAGGAAAACGAAAUCUUUUUAAAUGAAAUUUUAAGUCAAGGUAUCGUUUCGCACACUCUGAAAAGCUACGUUGAUGAGAAACACGAAGAUCUAUCUUCUGUUCAGAAGAAAUUGAGAGAGACGGUAAAUGAAAACGUUGAUCUUAGAAAGACUUUGGAAAAAUCCGAGCGUGAAUUCAGAACGGUUCAAUCUAUUUGUGAUAAAUUGAGUUCACAUUUAGCGAACGGAAAUAAUAUGUUGCAAUCGAAAGAAACGGAAUUAACGAUUUUAGCGAAUGACAAGAAGGAGCUGUUGGAGAUUGUAGCUGAGCUGCGGAAAGAAAAUGACAUCGCUUUUAAUGAAGUCUUAAGUCAAGGUAUCCUCAAUCAAAUCUUGAAGAAUUACAUUGACGAGAAACACGAAGAACUGUCUUCGGUUGCAAAGAAAUUGGAAGAGACGGUAAAUGAAAACGUUGAUCUUAGAAAGACUUUGGAAAAUUCCAAAUGCGAAUUUAGAACGGUUCAAUCUGUUUGUAAUAAAUUGAAUUUGGAUUUAGCGAACGGAAAUAAUAUGUUGCAAUCGAAAGAAACGGAAUUAACGAUUUUAGCGAAUGACAAGAAGGAGCUGACCGAGAUUGUAGCUGAUCUACGGAGAGAAAACGACAUCGUUUAUAAUGAAGCUUUAAGUCAAGGUAUCCUCUCUCAAACUUUGAAGGAUUACAUUGACGAGAAACACGAAGAACUAUCUUCGGUUACGAAGGAAUUGGAAGAGACGGUAAAAGAAAACGUUGAUCUUAGAAAGACGUUGGAAAAAUCCGAGCACGAAUUCAGAAUGGUGCAGUCCGAUUGUGAUAAGUUGAAUUUGGAUUUAGUGAAUGGAAAUAAUUUGUUGCAACUAAAAGAAAAGGAAUUAAAGAUUAUAGAGAACGACAAGAACGAGCUAUCUGAGAUUGUAGCUGAUCUGCGGAGAGAAAACGAUAUCGUUUAUAUCGAAGCUUUAAGUCAAUGUAUCCUCUCUCAAACUCUGAAGAAUUACAUUGAUGAGAAACACGAAGAACUAUCUUCGGUUGAGAAGAAAUUGGAAGAGACAUUAAAUGAAAACGUUGAUCUUAGAAAGACUUUGGAAAAAUCCGAGCGCGAAUUCAGAACGAUUCAGUCUGUUUGUGAUAAACUGAAUUUGGAUUUAGUGAAUGGAAGUUCUUUGUUGCAGUUAAAAGAAAAGGAAUUAACGAUUUUAGAGAAUGACAAGAAGGAGCUGUCUGAGAUUGUAGCUAAUCUGAAGAGAGAGAACAGUGAGGUUAAAACGACUAACGAUCAACAACGGAAGCAAAUUCUAAAAUUUUUAGAAGAUAAUGAUCGUUUGACGAAACAAAGCCAGAUGUUGGCGGUUAAGAUGCAGCAGUUGACCGAAAAGCAGGAAACUACAGAGGAAAAGUUGCGGUUACUGGAAGCAGAGGGGUCGUUGAUCUACGGGGAUUUGCAGACUUCAAUUAUUUCUCAAGUUUUAUUGGAACAGAAGAUCAGUGAGCUUACUGACGUGUGUUUGAGUCUUCAAGAUGAAAAAUACUCCAAAGAUUUGAAUACUGAAUUGCUUAAAGAAAGAAGCAACGUUUUAGAAUGUGAGAAUGCUGAUCUUAAAGGUCGUUUGGCUGCAUAUGGUCCAGCCCUUGAUUCUUUGAGGGAUAGCAUCGUAUCGUUGGAAAAUCAUACCUGUGUCAAAACCAAAGUGUCACAGUCCGAAAACGAGAAUGAGAAGGGUGGUGAAUCUGCAACCAUGGAACGAGAUGCAUUUGUCGAGUUGCAGGAUCUUCAAAGUAAAGUUAAAGUUAUCGAAAUGACUGUAACGCAACAAAAGUUGGAUUCAGACGCAAAACUGGAAUCCGCAAUGAUGCAGAUCGAAGAACUGAGUCAGCAAAAGAGUUCCGGUAGACCAAAUGGUAAAACAAAAUCAACAUCCGAAAUCUCAGAAGCAGAUCCGAAAGAUAUCAUGCUUGAUCAAGCCUCCGAAUGUUCGUCAUACGGUGUAAGCAAAAGAGGAUUAAUCGAAGGCGAGAUUUGGGAAACCACUGAUGAUUCCAAAACUGUGUUCAAACACCAUCCCACUGCUUCAGAGGUGUCUCUCGAUAACAUACUAGAAGUUUCUAGAAGAUUCGAGGAGCCUCAAGAAGACGCGAACAAGAAGAAAGUUCUCGAACGGCUCAAUUCUGAUGUUCUAAGGUUAACAAAUCUUCAAAUCACAAUCGAGGAUUUGAAACGGAAAGUUGACAUGACAUUAAAGAGUAGAAGGGGAAAAGCAAUGAUCGAAUGCAAGUCACUAAAGGGACAACUCACGGAAGCUGAUUCCGCCAUCGAGAAACUAUACGAACUCAACGCGAGAUUAGUACAACAUAUCGAAGGUAAUGCUGACAAAUCAUCGACAUCGGAAUCAGGAGAAACUGAAAGUAUGAGAAGAAAAAAGGUGUCGGAACAAGCUAGACGGGUUUCUGAAAACAUUGGUCGCAUGCAAAUAGAGAUACAAAAGAUACAGUUUAAGUUGUUGAAACUUGACGACGAAAACGAACCGACUGGGAAAAAGAGGUUUUUCGACACCAAAAAACGAGUUGUUUUGAAAGAUUAUCUAUAUGCUGGCGGAAGAACAAGAACAACGACGAUCAACAACAACAGGCGGAAGAAAGGUCACUUUUGUGCUUGUGUCGAGCCUUCGACUAAAGGAGACUAGUCGAGUUUUUAUGCGAUUGUGGGUUACUUAAUGUGUUAUUUUUAUAUAAACUAAGGAACAAGUUUUUAUAUAUUUGGGACUAGAGAGAAUGUAAAUAUUCCCAUAUGAUCUUAAGAAGCUAUUUUUGGAGAGCUUGUUUUUUCUCUUAGAAUUGGCCUUAGUGUUUAAAUGGGAAUAGUGUAAAAUGGUUAAAUGGUCUAUUGGUCCAUCACCAUUAUGUUCAAUAAAAUAAUCUCUAUUCAUACUUA